UUGGAUCCGAAAGGCAUCGCUUCUAUUUAUUUCUGCAUCGGAGAUGCGCUACUGGAUUUGGACGGUACACCAAUUCCUUUCAAUGAUAUUGAAUUCGUUCGAGGAUAUACGCAGAAAUUUAACAAGAACAGCCGAUUCACCGUAGUCAUUGAACGUCCCAUCUCAAAAGAGGCACUGUUCAUGUACAACAUGUUGUUUAAACUUAUGCUCCCUCAAGAAUCGGACGUUGAAAUGGGACCGGAUGCUGUGCUCAUUGGGAAGGAGGCAGCAAACAUGCAUCGUAUGGUGUUUCGACGGCUGAAACCGAAAAGUGUGUACGGACCGAGAGCAGCAAAACCAGCUGAUCCGACAGUGAAAACGUUGGAUGUCUCGGAAAAAGCAAAGAAUAUCCGUGUAGCGUCAAGCGCCAUGGAGUUGAAAAUCGCCUCAGACAUCGAUGACGAAGACGAGCUCAAACCCGUGGACAGGAAGAGUCACGCCAAAGAUUUCUCGAUGUUCGACGACUUCUAG